UACGAUGAAGACGAUACGAUGCAAAUUCAUUUGUCUAUUCAUCUUAUCGUUUGUUUGCAUCGAAAUUUUUGGAGAAGAAAAUUUAUAUGAUGUUCUUGGUGUACGGAAAACAGCUACUCAAAAGGAGAUUAAACAGGCUUACAAAAAUCAAGCAAUGGAAUGGCACCCAGACAAAAACAAGGAUCCAACGGCAGCCGAUAAAUUUACAAAGAUAAAUGAGGCUUAUGAGACUUUGGGAGACCCAGAGCGUCGGAGUCAGUAUGACAAGUUUGGGUACACUUCGGCUAAGGAUCACAGACAGCAAAGCAGAGGCAGUCCUUUUGGUGAUCCUUUCCAUGGAGAUCCAUUUGAAGGAUUCUUUCAUAAUUUUCACAAUUUCAAAUUUAACUUUGGGGGAUCUGGUUUUACUGAUUCAUUUAUUGAGAAGAAUGAAAUUAACAUGAGAGUUUAUGAAACAAAGAUACUACCUGAGAGCCACCAGAAGCCCUAUAUUCUUUAUGCUUAUGCAGAGUUUUGCUAUGAAUGUGUGAAUCUAGAACCAGUUCUUGAAAGACUAUUUAAAGAAUUGGAAUCUGUUGGUAUUGGCAUGGGGACAUUCCAUGCAGGUAGAGUGCAGCGCUUAGCUGUGGAGCUGAAAAUAAGUCGAGUUCCCAGGAUCGUGGCUGUGAUAAAUGGACGAACUUCGGACUUCAGGGGUCAUGUGACUCUCCACAACCUAAGACAAUUUGUCAGAAAUCUCUUUCCAAAGACAUUAAUUCAACCCUUAAAUGAUGAAAAGCUUGAUAAGUUUUUGGAUGGAUGGGAGGAUAAUCACAUGCGAGGCGUCUUCUUCUCUCCAAAAGAAGAAAUUUCUGCCAUGUAUCUGGCUCCAGCUUUCUACUACAAAAGUUUUGUCACAUUUGGACAUGUCAACACAAAUGCAGAUGAUGUGUAUAAAACUUUAAAAAGAUUCAACCUACACAGUGGACAUAAAAGUUUACUGAUGUUUAAUGAAGAUGCCCAGUCUCCUGUAGCAUCUCUUAGUAUGCAGCAAAUAUCUAGAUCCACUAUUGAUGAAGUGAUUGAAGCAAACAAAUUUCUACUUCUGCCUCGAAUUUCAUCACAGAGUUAUUUUGAGGAGUUAUGUCCAGCAGAAGUGAAAGCCAAGCGAAAAAAGCUGUGUAUUGUUUUGAUCUCUAAGAAAGCUGAGGAGAGUGAGAGAAAGAAGUUCAGGCGCUAUUUACGUAAAUCUAUGUUUCUUAACAAUGAAAGAGUGAGGUUCACAUAUAUUUAUGAAGAAACACAGUCAAAUGUCAUCCAAACACUGAAUAAAAAUGAGGACACAGAAAAUAAAAAAACAAUGAAGAAUGUGGUGAUCAUUUGGAGAGUGGAGAGGAAUCACCUCAGCUACGAAUGGCUGAAAAAUGCCCUGACCAAGGAGGAGGAUAUCCAGAACCUGAGGGAGGAGCUUGAGGGGCGUGUCCAACAGCUGCUCAACUCUGACCAAUCACUGGCCUUCAAAACCAUACUGCCUGAUUUCCACAAUGAGCAUUCUCUGCACCUUUUUAUUAGAAUCCUCCAUAGGUUUUACAACUGGGGAGAAAGAGUCUUGAUCUUUGUUACAAGCAUGGACCCCAUUACAGUACUGACUGUGUUCAUGGCAUUUGCAAUGAUGUUUGGAAUUGGAUACUUUAUGUCUGCAAUGGCUGCUAUUGAGGAGGAGCAGCUCAGAGAGAAACAACCUAGGCAGUACAAACCAAGGCCCCCGUCUAGGACUCCGGAUCAGAAGAGAGUUAAUCUGUAUGAACUGACACCAGACUCGUACGACACACUGGUCCUGAAUUCAGACGCUGGACUUACCAUGGUUGUCCUGAUUAAUGAUGAAUCAGGAAGUAAACUUCUCAGCAAGUUCAAAGACAUCGUUCUACCAUUGACAAGGUACAGUGGUCUAUCAUUUUCCUUUUUACGACUGGAGAGCUACAUUGGUUGGUAUCAGCACUUACUGGAAGACAGUGUAGGACACAAAGUAAGGAUGGAAAACAUUAACAUCAACAACUGUAUAGGUACAGUUCUGGCCCUCAAUGGCAUCCGCAAGUACUACUAUAUAUACCAGCCAAAGAAGGCCAGAAAGUGGAUCAGACAGAAUAACAAAAACGUGCCUAGUGCCAUCGGAAUGUUUGACUCUGAUGAGAACUCGGACAGCGACCAGGACUCGCGCGUGAUUCUCGUGGAGGAACUUCUAGAUGGACUCCUGGAUUGGUUCGACAAAGUGUUUGAUGGAUCUCAACGGAAAAUCCGAAUCACUGCCUGGCCUGAUCUUAGAGCAGUAUAAUAGCAGCAUUGAUAUAACUUAGUAUUUGGAUCUUAUCCCUAUUUAUGCCAUUUUUGUGUUCAUGUUUGUGUGUGUAUGUAAUUUUUAUUUGCAUGCCAAAAAGGAUUUUUGUUGUUUUUUUUAUUGUCAUUCCAUUGUGUUGUGUAAAAGGUUUGAAAAACCCUUUCUUUGUUCAUGUUAUAAUCAAAAGUUUGAUAGUCAAAGAGAGGAAAGUCAUUAUAAAGUUAUAUGGUGCAUUUUAUUAAGCUUUUGGUAAAAAAAUAAAUUAAAAUGAUGUUCACAUAAAUGAUGCAAAAUUAAGCAAUGAAAAAAUUCUGCAAUCUAUUAUACAUGUACCAAAAAAGGAAGUUUAAUUUUGUUUACCGGUAAAACUUUUUUGUUUUGUUUUAAUAAAACAGUUUUAUGAAAAUGCAGAUCGACUUUUAAUAUCACUGACAUUUAUUAUGAACAUGUUCUGUUUGUAUACAAUUUAUACUGAUAUGUACAUUUUCAAUUUCUGAAGUUAUGGUGGUAUAUUUUUAUUGGUACAUAAAAAAGAAAGAAGAUUAUAUCACUGGUUGGAAGAAAUGGUUUGAAAUUGUGAUGUGAUAAAAGCCUUUGAAACGUGCUGUACAUUCCUUAUUAAAUGCAAAGUAAAAUUUUGAGAAGCAAACCUCAUAGAGUUCUAAUAGUUGUGAACUAUAUGAAUAUAUAUAUAUCCAAAGUUUGGCGCUAUCUUUAUUUGAAUAUUAUCUUGGUUUUAUACAAAAACAAUUGAAUUGUUGAAUUAAAGACAUGUAAAUUAGGAAACUUCAGUAUCUAGUCAACGUGCUCUUCAUAGUGUGUGGACAAUUUGAUUAUAUAUGCGUUUUUUUCUUUACCUUAUUUUAUUCUUGACACCUGUCUUUUUUAUAAAGAAACUACCAUAUAUGUACAUACCGUAUAUAGAUGCCUGUACGAGAUAUUUGAUUUUUAUGUUGUUUUAUACCUGUUGAUCUACCUGAAUUACCGGUACACACCUUUUUCCAAACUUACAGUGUAAAUAUACAAGGUGUACAUGAUACUUAAAUUACUUCUUUGCAAGACAAUUUUAA